AUGUCUUCCAAAUCCCUUGCGACGCCAAGCGCUGAGGAAGCUAUGUAUUUUGCCAGUGAGCCUGAGCCCCUUACAACACCGAGCGAUGGGGAAGCUAUGUCUUCUGAAUUUGACUCCCUUGCCACGUCGAUGGUUGUGGAAGCUAUGAGCCCUGAUUCUGAAGCCCCUGCGAUGCCGGGCACUGAGGGAGCUCAGCCCCCAACCCAAUCCCAAAAACCAACUCCGAAGCAAGAAUUUGUGGGCCACGAGGACUAUGUUUGGGCUUUUGUCUUCUUGCACGAUAACAUCCACAUCGUGAGUGGUUCGUGGGACGGCACGAUGCGCAAGUGGGACUGUGACACUGGACUGCUUGUCGGGGAACCAUGGACAGGCAAGGGGGGUUGCAUACAUGCACUGGCACUUUCACCGGAUGGAAAGACAAUUGCAUGUGGGAGGAUGGACGGAAGCAUUCAGCGGUGGGAUAGCAACAAUGGAAAGAUGAUUGAAGGCGUUUGGACGGGUCAUAGCCGGGAAGUAAGGUCACUGUCAUGGUCACCCAGCGGAGACUAUAUUGCAAGCGGGUCCAGAGAUGGGACAAUCCUAAUCCGAAAACAAGACAGCGGAGAAACCGAGGUGGGCCCCAUCAAGACGGGGCAGCAGUGGGUGAAUGUUCUUGUGUAUUCACCUUCAGGCGACAGAAUCGCAUCAGGCGGGUUGAACGAGACGAUUUGCAUUUGGAAUACGAAAACGGGCGAGCUCGUCGUCGGCCCCAUCGAGGAACUGUGGGCUAGUGUGACGUCGUUGUUGUGGUCGUCGGAUAGCAAAAAAGUAUACGCCGCCUCAGACAAGUUUGUGCGUGUUUUCGACAGUGACUCGGGCAUCGAACUUCAUCGCUUUGAGCACAACGAUUUGGUGAAUUCUAUCGCGCUUUCACCCAAACACAAUGUACUAGCCUGCGUGGGCCAGCCAGGUGUUGCACAACUAUGGGACACAGUGUCCCAUGAACCAUUGCUCCGCCAGCCAUUCAUUGACCGCCGAACUCUUCGCUGUAUAUCAUUCUCUCGAGAUGGGAGAUACCUAGCAAAUAGUGGACUUGGUAAGAAACUCACCCUGUGGAUGGUAAAAGAUUUAGUUCCUGAGCUUGCAGAAACUCGACUCCAGUCACCAACACCAUCUUGCCUUGACGUUGAUGCUAUCACAAAGCCUCAAUCAGGGGAUUAUGGGUUCACUGACGGGGAGCGAGAUGAUCUACAAAAGGACUUCUUUCCGCCCUAUUAUCCUUUGUCACCAUCUGCAGGUCCCUCUCGUCGUUCCCAGCAUCAUAACCCAUCCCCCACUUGGCGCUUCUGGAAUAUCACCAUCCCUUCCCGUCGCUACUCGUCGGAAAAUGAAUCCACCCCGCUGCAACAACGCCCCAAGCAAAGUCUUUUCGCGCAGCCCACUGGCCCGCAGCCCGUAACGGUCUCAGCCGGAAGAAAAAAGAAUAGGAUCUAUGUAGCGCGUCCCCCUGUGAAGACUAACGCUCAGACUGGUCAGUCAUCCUCAACGACAGCUCAGCCUGCGGUGCCGCCAGUUUCGAGGCCACCGCCUCAGAGUCAGAGUCAGGUACAGACGACAACACAACAACCUGCAGCGGAAGACUAUGGUUGUUGGGGCAAUUUUUGCCUCGCACUCGGGUGCAUCCGCCGCACUCGUCGCGUUGUCCCCACUGCUCAGUCUGCUGCCUAG